GGGACAGCGCCGGCCCGGAUUGGCCGCGCCGGCACGCGCAGGGCCUGAUGGGAGAGCACGUCUAGACCUCCGCUCCGCCGGUUUGAACUUGGCGGGCCGGAUGAGGGCCGCCGGGCGGUGGAGGGCUACCUCGCCCCUUCCGGACACCCGGCUUUUGGCCGCCUGCAGGUCCAGGUCUCGGCUCUCCUCCGGCUCCUUCUCCGCCCUCAUGGAGGGCGCCCGGGGACAGGGGCUGGAGGCGGUGGAGGUGUGUUCGCUGUCGCCGCCGCUGAGCUGCAGCAAUUCCACCUUGUCGCUGUUGUCUCCCCUCGGCUACCAGAGCUUCUCGUUGGACGACGACGAUGGUGACGGGGAGGAGGAGGAGGAAGAUGUGGACGAAGAUGCUCAUGACUCAGAGGACCAGGUGGAGAGCCUGAGAGGAAUGGAGUUACAGGGGUGCGCCAGUGUGGUUGGAUCUGAAGAUACCCAAGAAGAACAGAAACAGGUGUGCUUACCAGAGAGCAGCCUGACACCAUGGGAAGUGUGGUUUGUUGGCAAAGAAAAAGUAGAACGUGACCGUCUGCAGCAGAAAGCUCGAGAGGAAUUAAAUCAACAGCUAGAAAAAAAGAAAGAAGUGGAAGAACGUGAAAAGAGAAAGAUAAUUGCUGAAGAAAAGCACAAGGAAUGGGUUCAGAAAAAGAAUGAACAGAAAAGAAAAGAAAGGGAACAAAAAAUUAAUAAGGAAAUGGAGGAAAAAGCAGCAAAGGAACUGGAGAAAGAACAUUUGCAAGAAAAAGCAAAAGAAAAAUAUCAAGAAUGGUUAAAGAAAAAAAAUGCUGAAGAAUGUGAGAAGAAGAAGAAAGAAAAGGAAAAAGAAAAACAGCGGCAAGCUGAAUUACAGGAAAAAAAGGAAAUAGCAGAAAAAAAGUUUAAGGAAUGGUUGGAAAAUGCAAAAAAUAAACCUCGUCCAGCUGCAAAGAGCUAUGGUUAUGCCAAUGGAAAACUUACAGGUUUUUACAGUGGAAAUUCUUAUCCAGAACCAGCUUUUUAUAACCCAAUUCCAUGGAAGCCAAUCCCUGUGCCUCCUUCCAAAGAAGCAAAGGAUCUAUCAGGAAAGAAGACUAAAAGGCCUGUGAUAAGCCAGCCACACAGGUCAUCCUCUCUGGUAAUGCAUAAAGCCAGAAGUAAUCUUUGCCUUGGAACUCUGUGCAGAAUACAAAGAUAGUGGGUGUGGGAAAUUACAUGCUUUGGUUUGGAGCUAUUUCAUUUUAAAAUCAGAAAUUGUUUUUUACUCCUUAGUCAGUAGCUAAACAUUUGACGUGAUUAUUGACAAGUUCAAAUUUUUGCAUUUGUAUAUGGAGUCCUUAAAGUUAAUUAAUUAAUUUUAUAAAUUUUCAUUUUUAUAAAUGCUUGUAGGUUGAUCUUGGCAUAUUUAUUGUUUUCCAGGAUAAGUGACUGAAUAAUCUAACAAUUGUGUUUGUACUUAGCUUUUAUUAAAACUACCAUCUAAUAAUACCAAUAAAACCAGUAAUUUUCA